AUGCCAAUGGAGCUGUUCCUGAGGGUCACCUGGUUGGCGGCUCGGCCCAGUCGCCCGCUAACCAACCAAACCAUCCCCAGUCACUGUCGAUUUACCCCAAACCAGCCCCAAACACUCGCAAGCCUUCGAUACCACCCUCUCCGUAUGGCCGCCGCUAGUUCUUACUUCCCCUCAUUCGUCAUUACCCCAGCAAUCUGCAUAGUUAUUCCUCCACGGGACACACCCGAGAGUAACCUCCUCCUUUUACCAACCCCAACUGUAGCUCUGAAACUUGAGUACCAAUAUCAGAGCAACUGGACACUGGCCACCACCCGUUGUUGUACCUGGCAGAUGCCUGCCUUCUUGCUUCAAGAAAUACAUUCUUUGCUACAGAGGGAGCGCCCGGUCAGAGUCGGCAAGGCUCUCUCACCAUUUGAUCGCUGUGAUUUCUGGUUGGUUCAAUUGCACUUUUGGAGCUUCCCUGAUACCCUCACUCACUCCAGGUUUAAAUCCAAGAUACAGAGUUCGCGACUAACAACUGAGGUGUGUCUGUUGGCAGCCACCCAAAUCCGUCGAUUCUCUGCCGGGUCCCGACGAUGCGAGGAACAAAAGAAACCCACCACCCCGCCGAAUUUGAUAACCUCUGUUCCUUACUCGGCUCUGACCGUUGGAAUCCCCUUCGAGACCUUCCCAAACGAGCGUCGCGUUGCCCUGACGCCGCAGAACGCCGCUCUCUUGCUCAAGAAGGGAUUUGGGCGUGUUCUGAUUGAGCGUGGUGCGGGUGCUCAAGCAAAGUUUACAGAUGAAGCAUAUGAGAAAGCGGGCGCGACGCUGGUGGACCGGACCGCCGUUUGGCAGGAUAGCGACAUCCUGCUGAAAGUUCGUGCGCCCUUGCUCAAAGGAUCCAACAACAACAACGAGGUGGCGGCUCUCCGCGAGGGGAGCACUCUCAUUUCGUUUCUAUACCCCGCACAGAAUAAGGAACUGGUCAAUUCACUGGCUGCUCGCCGCGUAACUUCGUUUGCGAUGGAUAUGAUCCCUCGCAUCUCCCGCGCACAGGUUUUUGAUGCUCUGAGGUAUAUCAGGGGAAACCCUCAUCCAACCAAUAUGAGAAAAGCUUUGGUGCUCACGAUUUACUUAGCUCGAUGGCAAAUAUCGCGGGCUACAAAGCCGUCCUCGAAGCUUCGAAUCAUUUCGGCCGUUUUCUUCCAGGUCAGGUUACGGCAGCCGGUCCCUGCUUCCAACAGCAAGGGAUGUUUGAGAGAUGGAGAUGCUAAUGAUCCGCAAUUCAAAUGCUGUAGAAAGAUUCCCCCUGGUAAAGUUCUCGUUAUUGGGGCUGGCGUAGCUGGUCUGAGUGCUAUCGGUGCCGCCCGUCGUCUUGGGGCAAUUGUACGAGGUUUUGAUACACGAUCUGCCGCACGUGAGCAAGUACAGUCGCUUGGUGCUGAGUUCAUUGAAGUCGACAUCCAAGAAGAAGGCUCAGGUACUGGUGGCUACGCAAAGGAAAUGUCGAAAGAGUUCUUAGAGGCUGAAAUGAAGUUGUUCAUGGAACAGUGUAAAGAAGUAGAUAUUGUGAUCACAACCGCCUUGAUUCCCGGAAAGCCCGCCCCCAAGUUGAUCAAGAAAGAGAUGGUAGCAGCAAUGAAACCAGGCUCUGUGAUUGUUGAUCUAGCCGCUGAAGCUGGCGGGAAUUGCGAACUGACUAUUCCCGGACAAUUAACUGUUGAAAACGGCGUUACUGUUAUUGGAUAUACGGAUCUUCCUUCACGACUUCCAACACAAUCGUCCACACUUUACUCCAACAAUAUCACGAAGUUCCUUCUCUCCAUGGCUCCCGAGGAAAAGAAGUUCGGCGUCGACCCUACAGACGAGGUUGUCCGUGGCUCGAUUGUUACUGAGAAUGGCGAAGUCCUUCCUCCCGCUCCCCGACCUGCUCCCCCGCCUGCUCCAGCUCCCAAAACUGCUGAUCUUUCCAAAGAGAGCGCCACCCUAGCCCUGACCCCGUUCCAGAAGAUCUCUCGGGAGGUUGCCACCGUAGCUGGUGGGAUGGGCCUAGCAGUAACUCUCGGCAAAUUCACAGGCCCAUUAUUCAUGAGCAACGUUUUUACCGCUGGACUUGCUUCACUUAUUGGCUAUCGUGUGGUCUGGGGAGUAGUUCCUGCUCUGCACUCCCCCUUGAUGAGUGUAACGAACGCCAUUUCAGGCAUGGUUGGCGUCGGUGGUUUAUUUGUCAUGGGAGGGGGGUUUGUUCCUGAGACCAUUCCGCAGGCUCUUGGCGCAUUGUCGGUCCUGUUAGCAUUUGUAAACGUGUCGGGUGGCUUCGUUAUCACCAAGCGAAUGUUGGAUAUGUUCAGACGCCCGACGGACCCCCCCGAAUAUCCCUGGCUAUACGCCAUUCCCGGUCUGUUGUUUGGCGGAGGCUUUAUUGCUGCCGCAAGCACUGGUAUGGCUGGCCUUGUUCAAGCUGGAUAUCUAGUUAGCAGUAUCCUGUGUAUUAGUUCCCUUUCUGGCCUUGCGUCUCAGGCGACAGCGCGGCGAGGCAAUAUGUUAGGUAUUUUGGGUGUACUUUCUGGGAUGCUUGCAUCCCUGGCUGCUGUUGGCUUCUCCCCUGAAGUUCUUGCACAAUUCGUUGGAGUUGCUGGGUUUGGAAGCAUUCUUGGUGCACUAAUCGGCCGUCGCAUUACACCAACUGGAUUACCACAAACUGUUGCUGCAUUACAUUCCGUUGUCGGAUUGGCGGCCGUUCUUACCAGCAUUGGAAGUGUUCUACUAGAUCUUGGGCAUAUUUCUACCCUCCAUCUUGUCACUGCAUAUUUGGGAGUUGUCAUUGGUGGCGUUACGUUUACUGGUUCAAUCGUUGCUUUCCUCAAACUAGCGGGACGGAUAUCGUCACGCCCUACUAUUUUACCUGGUCGGCACGUCAUUAACACAUCGCUCCUCGGAGGAAACGCUGCUUUGAUGGGAGCGUUUGUCACAAUGGCCCCCGGUGCUCCUAUGACAGCAGCGUUAUGUCUAGGUGCUAGUACAAUACUCAGCUUUUUGAAAGGCUAUACAACAACUGCCGCUAUCGGCGGUGCUGAUAUGCCCGUGGUAAUUACUGUUCUGAAUGCUUAUUCCGGAUUUGCAUUGGUUGCGGAGGGCUUUAUGCUCGACAACCCAUUGUUGACUACUGUUGGAUCACUUAUCGGUGUUAGCGGUUCUAUUUUGUCAUAUAUUAUGUGUGUCGCAAUGAAUAGAUCUCUGACCAACGUACUAUUUGGUGGUAUAUCUUCCCCAACCGCCUCGGAUCACAAAAUUGAAGGACAAAUUACCAAAACAUCGAUCGAUGAGACUGUGGAUUCUCUUGCCAAUGCGGAAAGUGUUAUAAUUGUUGUCGGCUACGGAAUGGCUGUCGCGAAAGCCCAGUAUGCAAUUUCUGAGAUCACACGAAUGCUACGAGCCAAGGGCGUGAAGGUCAGAUUCGCAAUCCACCCGGUGGCUGGCAGAAUGCCUGGGCAGUGUAAUGUCUUGUUAGCGGAAGCCUCCGUACCAUACGAUAUCGUACUAGAAAUGGAUGAAAUCAAUGAUGAUUUCGAUGACACUGACGUAACGCUGGUCAUUGGUGCCAAUGACACUGUCAAUCCAAUCGCACUAGAACCUGGCUCCCCUAUCGCUGGUAUGCCCGUUCUAAACGUGUGGAAGAGCAAGGAGGUCAUCGUCAUGAAAAGAGGCAUGGCUAGUGGAUACGCCGACGUACCUAAUCCCAUGUUCUACAUGCCCAAGACAAGAAUGUUGUUCGGAGACGCGAAGACUUCCUGCGAUGCAAUCCAACGCGGCCUCGAAGCGCGGAAAUGAAAUCAUACAAUACGGUAACCAUGAGUGUUGGAUAACAUACGAUCUAACACUGGCUGUUGGUUGACACUUUGAGCUAUCCCCAAACACUUCGAGCAUCUAGGGCAGGGAUUUUAGUACAUUACAAUAACA